UUCUAAUGUCUAAAAAUGACUAGACCUAUGUUAUAUAUUUUGUUGAGUUGUGUUCAAACCCAGAGAAAUCUGUAUUUCAGUCAAGGUAAGGGUCCGUUUCAUUUGAUUGGCAAUUAAUAGCAUCAUAUCCCCUUUUUGCGUACGUCAGUGUUGUUGUUGUCUGGUAGAAGCUGUCAUGAAUUGAAUUGUAUCUUGUUUUAAGCCACAUUUUUAUGAUACAUUUUUUAGACCUUGGUUUUAGAUCUUUUAAUUGGAUAAAGGAUUUCAGUCAUCAGAUGUAUUAUUAGUAUUAUAUAGUAAAAUUUCAUUUUACUGUAAUAAUUACAAAAUGUUAGAGUCACCUUACAUGUUAAAAAGUGGUGUUUUCCUCACAGGCUGGUCCAUCUUCUCCACAUGUCGUCUCCAUCAGUACCACUUUGUUGCUCAACGCAUGAAUUGGACUGAAGCUCAGACCUACUGCAGAGAGACAUACACAGACCUGGUCACCAUUGAAAACACUGAAGACAUGAACCAACUCAUCAACACAGUUUCAUCUGCUGGUAAUAACAGUCAAGUCUGGAUUGGCCUGUACAGAGUCAUUGAUUGGAAGUGGUCAGAUGGGUACAGAGGGAGUGGGGCUGAAUAUAGGAACUGGGGAUCACAAGAUCCAGAUUUCAGGGUUGAUGCCCUCUGUGUAACCACUGGAAAUUUUAGUCCUUCAUGGUAUGGUGAUUAUUGCACAGAUAGACGUUAUUUCGUCUGUUAUAAAGGUAAGUACCCAGCAAAGCUUUAUUUCUUCUCUAAUAAUGAUUAUCAGGACUUCAACUCAAAGAUUAAUUUUCCUCCCAAUAAUUUAACUGCAGGAAUACAGCUGGAUCCUCAAUUUGUUUUUGUGACACCACGAAUGAACUGGUCCAAUGCUCAGAGGUACUGCAGGGAGAACUUCAUAGACCUGGCCACUGUGAGGAACGACAAUGAGAACCAGGAGGUUCGGAAUUUGAUCCCACCUGGGGACUGGCCAUGGAUCGGCCUGUACAGAGAUCCUGACUCCUUCCUUUAUAACUGGUCUGAUGGCAGUGCCUACUCACUCACCACAUGGGGUGAUAAACAUUCAGUUUCAGGAUUACUCAGAUCAAUGAUGUGUGGUGUGCAGGAAUCAAACCAAUGGACAUUCAAGUCCUGUGAAGAGAGAUUUCCAUUUGUCUGCUACAGCAUCCCUGCACCAGUAAAGAGGUGGGUAGUUAAGCUGAGGAUGAAGGUGCAGGACUCCUCUGUGGAUCUCAAUGACCCUGCUGUGAAAGCAAACAUCCUGAAAAAGUUCCAGGACAGACUGAAGGAGCAAGGAGUGAGUGGAGUCACCCUGAAGUGGAGAGAACAGCCUGAUGGGAAAGUCUUCCACAAGGAGGGAAAAGAAGAGAAGAAGAAAAAAAGAAAGAAGACUGAGCUCUGAAAUGAAAACCCAGCUUUACUUAUCUGUAAUCCAUGUUGAAUGUUGAUUCUCUAUCUGCUAACAAUACACUAUCAUCAGCUUAACCGUAACCUUGACUACAUCCUGUAUAGAAGAGUUUUAUCCUUCCUCAUCAAUAUUACUGUGUGAAGUGUUUCAAUCAAAGUCACUUUUCUUCCAAAUAAAACAUAUGAGAUGA